UACCGGUAGGUAUGAAUCUUGUGAACAGGAUUUGGUGACAACAUUGACACUACCAAAAACAAGAGAUACCAAUUGUCACAUAGAAAGGUGGUUUGGAAUUGUCAAACAUUCCAUAAUGCAUAAACAACAAAAUGUCAAACCAGGAAUCUUCAUAAGAAAAAUGCAUCAGUCUCUGCAAACAAGAUAUACAGAGCACAUCAUUCUGCAUAACCUUCCUCAAAAGCUGUUGCUCCAGCCUGAGCCACCUCUGAACCUUGAUCAGUGUCAAGAAACUUGGAUGAAGAAGAAGGAAGAACGUUUCCCAAACACCAAAUCCAAAUUCUUUUCUGUUCCUCAGAGAAUGCCUGUUCCACAAAAAAAGAAAAGAAGGAUCCACAAAGAUAAGCCAAAAAGCCACAAACAGUCAAGUCCUGAGCCAAUGCAGCUUCCUGCAGAGGCACUCCCUGUAGAGGAAGAGAUUGACAUGUUAUGGACAAAACCGCACAAUGAACUGGUUGUAGCCAUUGUGAAGUCUGAAGAUCAGAAUCUGGAGUUCCUGUUACAUCACAAGGAGUUCCUAACACUGAAGCCGCAUGACUGGUUAUUUGGAGAGACGAUCGAGUGCUAUUUAAGAGCUGUACUUAAUGCAAAGGGUGCAAAUAUCUACCAGCUAAGCCAUUACACCACAAGUGUCAUUUUAAAUGGCCCAGAAGACCAGGUCAUACGACAAGGUUUGAAAAAAGUCAACUUUGAGCAAUAUGAUGGGGUCAUCUCUGUUGUAAAUAUCAGACACGUGCACUGGAGGUUUGUGUAUCUACAUGCUACAACUAACACCAUUUUCAUACUUGACCCUCAACGUGGUAGUGAUGAAAUGAAACUUGCCACACAAGCAUGCAAAAAAAUUGUGGAAUAUUUCAGGAAGAGAGGAAACCAGCAUGGAAGAAAAGACUGGGUGGACACUAUGUGGAAGCCUGGGACAAUACACCAUUCGUUCCAGGAGGAUGCUUUCAGCUGUGGUGUCUUUGUGAUGCAGAUGGCCAAGCAGGUGGUGGAACACUUUCCAAACAUUCCUGAGAGCAUCAACAUAAUACCCAGCAAAGAGGAGAUGUGCCACAUCAGGAAAAAUGUUGCCAAAACAAUUUUGCAGGCAUCAGGUUCAAUGUGAAUUAUGCCAGAGGUGGUUUCAUGUCCAGUGCCUCGAAAUUAAUCUGCCACCAAAAGAGGAACCAUGGAUUUGUGGUUUGUGUUUGUAAGCUAUUCAG